CUCACACACACACACACACACACACAUUCCGAGCUCAGACAGGAACAGGGUGCACUGAGAUCGGACCGGAGUGUAUCGGUACAGAAUGCCGGGGAAGAAAGUGUGUAUUAUCGGUUCUGGGAACUGGGGUUCCGCCAUCGCUAAGAUCAUCGGUCACAAUGUAAAAGCCUCCAAUCGCUUCGAGCCGAUGGUGAACAUGUGGGUGUUUGAGGAGACGGUGAACGGGAGGAAGCUGACCGAGAUCAUCAACACCGAACACGAGAACGUCAAGUACCUACCCGGCCACAAACUGCCCAAGAACGUGGUUGCGGUUCCUGACGUGACGGAAGCGGCAGCGGGAGCUGAUAUCCUCAUCUUCGUCAUCCCGCAUCAAUUCAUCGUUAAAAUCUGCGACCAGAUGAAGCCUCACAUCAAACCUGGAGCCAUCGGAAUCUCCCUCAUCAAGGGAGUAGACGAGGGUCCGGCGGGUCUGACUCUGAUCUCAGAUAUAAUCCGGAAUAAGCUGGAGAUCGACGUUAGCGUUCUGAUGGGAGCGAACAUCGCUAACGAAGUAGCGGACGAGAAGUUCUGCGAGACGACCAUCGGAGCCACUAAUGAGCAGAACGGUCACCUGUUUAAAGAGCUGAUGCAGACGCCAAACUUCCGCAUCACUGUGGUUUCAGAGAGCGACACCGUGGAGCUGUGUGGAGCCCUGAAGAACAUCGUGGCGGUGGGUGCCGGGUUCUGUGACGGGCUGGGGUUCGGGGAUAACACUAAGGCGGCGGUUAUCCGGUUGGGGCUGAUGGAGAUGGUGGCGUUCUCCAGGAUCUUCUGUAAGAACCCGGUCAGUUCCUCCACCUUCCUGGAGAGCUGCGGCGUCGCCGACCUCAUCACCACCUGCUACGGGGGACGCAACCGCCGCGUCGCCGAGGCCUUCGUUACCUCCCACAAGUCGAUUGCGGAGCUGGAAGCUGAGAUGUUGAAUGGUCAGAAGCUUCAAGGUCCUCAAACGUCUGCUGAAGUCUACAAGAUCCUCCAGAAGAAGAACAUGGUGGACAAGUUCCCCCUGUUCGUAUCGGUGUAUCAGAUCUGUUUCGAGGGAAAAGAUGUGAAAGAAUUCAUCAGAUGCCUCCAGAACCACCCGCAGCACAUGUAGCCACCCAGAACCACGACUAACCACCCAGAACCACGACUAACCACCCAGAACCACGACUAACCACCCAGAACCACGACUAACCACCCAGAACCACGACUAACCACCCAGAACCACCCGCAGCACAUGUAGCCACCCAGAACCACGACUAACCACCCAGAACCACGACUAACCACCCAGAACCACGACUAACCACCCAGAACCACGACUAACCACCCAGAACCACGACUAACCACCCAGAACCACCCGGAACCUUUAGAAACCUUCAGGUACCUUCUGAAGAAGCGGGAAAAUAUUCCACACCCAGCUCUGGUUUUGGCUUAAUACAGUUAUAUAAUCACUACCCUGAUUACCUCUACAGCAGUUUAGCUCCACCCACUAAUUCAGCCUACAGUGGUUUAGCCCCACCCAAAACUUCUGCACAUACAUUUACAGUAUAUUAAUCCAGAAAAUGCUGAAAUAAUUUUCAGGAGAUUCCAGAAUUCUUUUAUAUUGUUUAUAUUAUUUACAUCCGUAAAUAAAAUAUUAAAUUUAUGGCUGCAGAGCUUCUUCAGACACCGAAUAACUUACUAAAGACCAAAGCAGUAAUUACUUUAAUUUUUAAUUGUCUUUAUAAUUGCUUUUCAGGCUUUAUUUUUACGUAUUUUGUUUACGAAAACAGUCCUGUGGAAAGCUUUUAUUUUAGGACUGGGACGCACUUUCCCAAAUCACGCACACUCCGAAAUGAUAUGCGCAUAAUUAACGUUCUUCUUCUUUCUUUAAUGAGCUGCGUUUGAUUUAACUACAGCAGAAAAAGCACUACUAUACUCACACCUGUUCACACCUGUAUUUACCUGUAUAAUGCACAGGUAGAAUCACAUCACCCAGGUGUAUAGAACGUUAUGUUAACGGGAUCUGAUGCUGCCUUCAGGUCUUCCUCUGAAACUCGUAUUUAUGAUUUGAAUUCUCAAACACCGUGCAGUUUUAUUUAGGGCGUGUCAGAGUGUCUUUGCUGUCAUAACAACGGGAAAAGUACAGCUUGCCCGCCUUGAAACACAAAGGCAAAAGUCAUGUACUAAUUGUCUUAAUAAAUCAUGGGUGUAGUAUUGUAGUAUUGUAGUAUUAUAGUACUGUAGUAAUGUAGUACUGUAGUACUGUAGUAUUGUAGUAUUGUAGCACUGUAGUAUUGUAGUACUGUAGUAUUGUAGUAGUGUAGUAUUGUAGUACUGUAGUAGUGUAGUACUGUAGUAUUGUAGUAGUGUAGUAUUGUAGUAGUGUAGUACUGUAGUAUUGUAGUAGUGUAGUACUGUAGUAGUGUAGUACUGUAGUAUUAUAGUACUGUAGUAAUGUAGUACUGUAGUAUUGUAGUAUUGUAGUAUUGUAGUAUUAUAGUAAUGUAGUAAUGUAGUACUGUAGUAUUGUAGUAUUGUAGUAUUGUAGUAUUAUAGUAAUGUAGUAAUGUAGUACUGUAGUAUUGUAGUACUGUAGUAUUGUAGUAGUGUAGUACUGUAGUAUUAUAGUACUGUAGUAAUGUAGUACUGUAGUAUUGUAGUAUUGUAGUAUUGUAGUAUUAUAGUAAUGUAGUAAUGUAGUACUGUAGUAUUGUAGUAUUGUAGUAUUAUAGUACUGUAGUAAUGUAGUACUGUAGUAUUGUAGUAUUGUAGUAUUGUAGUAUUAUAGUAAUGUAGUAAUGUAGUACUGUAGUAUUGUAGUACUGUAGUAGUGUAGUACUGUAGUAUUGUAGUAGUGUAGUAUUGUAGUAGUGUAGUACUGUAGUAUUGUAGUAGUGUAGUACUGUAGUAGUGUAGUGCUGUAGUACUGUAGUAGUGUAGUAUUGUAGUAGUGUAGUGCUGUAGUACUGUAGUAGUGUAGUAUUGUAGUGCUGUAGUAUUGUAGUGCUGUAGUACUGUAGUAGUGUAGUAUUGUAGUACUGUAGUAUUGUAGUAUUGUAGUAGUGUAGUAUUGUAGUAGUGUAGUAUUGUAGUAGUGUAGUACUGUAGUAUUGUAGUAGUGUAGUACUGUAGUAGUGUAGUGCUGUAGUACUGUAGUAGUGUAGUGCUGUAGUACUGUAGUAGUGUAGUAUUGUAGUGCUGUAGUAUUGUAGUGCUGUAGUAUUGUAGUACUGUAGUACUGUAGUAUUGUAGUAGUGUAGUACUGUAGUAGUGUAGUGCUGUAGUACUGUAGUAGUGUAGUAUUGUAGUAGUGUAGUGCUGUAGUACUGUAGUAGUGUAGUAUUGUAGUACUGUAGUAUUGUAGUGCUGUAGUACUGUAGUAUUGUAGUAGUGUAGUACUGUAGUAUUGUAGUACUGUAGUACUGUAGUAGUGUAGUAUUGUAGUGCUGUAGUAUUGUAGUGCUGUAGUAUUGUAGUACUGUAGUACUGUAGUAGUGUAGUAUUGUAGUAGUGUAGUAUUGUAGUACUGUAGUAGUGUAGUAUUGUAGUAGUGUAGUACUGUAGUAUUGUAGUACUGUAGUACUGUAGUAGUGUAGUACUGUAGUAGUGUAGUAUUGUAGUACUGUAGUAUUGUAGUGCUGUAGUAGUGUAGUAUUGUAGUAUUGUAGUACUGUAGUAGUGUAGUAUUGUAGUAGUGUAGUACUGUAGUAUUGUAGUACUGUAGUACUGUAGUAGUGUAGUACUGUAGUACUGUAGUAUUGUAGUGCUGUAGUACUGUAGUAUUGUAGUAUUGUGGUGCUGUAGUAUUGUAGUAUUGUAGUACUGUAGUAUUGUAGUGCUGUAGUAGUGUAGUGUUGUAGUAUUGUAGUACUGUAGUAGUGUAGUAUUGUAGUAGUGUAGUACUGUAGUAUUGUAGUACUGUAGUAGUGUAGUAUUGUAGUAUUGUAGUACUGUAGUAGUGUAGUAUGGUGCACCGCGCUCAGGCAACACUACGAGGGUUCGGUCCUCAGAAAGACGCACAAACGAGUCUGAGCUGCUUUUAUAAUCAAACGUUUUUUAUUAAAAUAAAUGUAAUAAUAAAGCUUAAAUAAAUCCAGAAUAUAAGAAACA